AUGGAGAAGCUUUUACAAUGGACAAUCGUGGGAAAUACCGAGGCUGAGGCGACGCUACAAGCCAUUGACGUCAAAGGCAAGGGAAGGGAUGCAUUUAUCGCCCUACGCACCCACUACAAAGGUGAAAGACUCCUAGCUUACAACAUUGUAGAGGCAGAACACACCAUCAAGGACCUAUGCUACGUUGGAGAAAAGCCUACAAUGAACUGGUCCAUGUUUGAACGCAUGCUGAAGAAAGCAUACGCAGCAUAUGACAAACAUGAGGGGAGAGUAGUCCAUUCGGACGCAAUGAAACUACGUAGCCUACAAACCAAGGUUACCGCAUCAUUCCUACAACUGAACAAAACAGCGAUUGAUACGGAAAUUGGCAAACGGCCGAUGGUAUGA